UUACUCUCGAUAAUACUCUCGCUCAUCAUAUUCUCAUCCACACUUCGCUCUCCCAAGCCAACCCCAAAACCAUCUCAUUUAGCAUGGCUCCCAAAUGUUGCAAGGACUACUUCUCAUGCUCGGGAACCAAAGUCUUCCUCGCUCUGGUCACCCGUGUCCUGUUCGUCGUCCACAAUCUGACGUCCGUUUCCCGGGCGGUCAUCGUGGAAAACGACCGUCGAUUAUGGCUCCUUGCCCUGACCAUCAUCGGGCUCCUUCUCGAGACCAUCUUCACCAUCGCGAAGAACAAAGGAGAAGAGUGGAAGUGGUUCUGCCCAAGUGUUUUAUUUUUCCUUGCUGGUUCUGUACCAUCCAUUUGGAUCUUGGAGUUUGACUUGCUGAGACGAAGGGAAGUUCCUGUAGUGAUGCGUGAUAAACAAUAUAUCGACGCCCUCAAUAAGGCAAGAACUUGGGUGUUAGCGCUGGAGCAACUGCUAUUGUUUGUCUUGAUUGUUGGUCGUUGGCUGCUCCCGAAGGGUGAGAUCACAAGAGACCAACUGUCCCAACUGCUAUUAGUCUACAUCGCCACUGCUGCGGAUAUCAUCGAGUUCUUUGACAGCUUCAAUUCGGACGAAUCUCCCUACAACAAAGAACUGAUCACAGCCGUGCUGACUCUCUGGUCCUGGAGCCUUGUCCAGUUCACCCUCGUCUUAACAUCCACCAGGGGAUCGCCAGAGUAUUGCCUUCCGGUGAAACCUAAAGAACCUGUGGUCCUUGACGAAACGGCCGUCAACAAGUGGCGCAGACUUGCCAAGAUGCGCAGGGUCGUGAUGCAUACUCGGGUACCCUGGCCAUGGGGGCGGUUUGGACAGGUUAUGCCUUUGCCGAAUCCUCCAGGGAAGAACCGAAUAAUCCCGGUGCGACCAGAGGAUGAGGACAAGGUCUACCCUUACAAUCGAUGUGCGUGUCUUGAAUCCGAGAUCUGGGCUGUGAUGGUCGCACUCUGCCUCCAGGAUGGACCCUUCCUAAUCCUUCGUCUCAUCCUCAUCUCCCAUUAUAAGAUCUUCACGCAUCUUAGCCUCUUCUUCACUAGCAAGAAUGCGUUGGUCUUGAUGUUGCAGCUUUAUCGCUUGAUCGUCGUACACCAGGAGAAGGUAGCCGCAGACAACCAGAGGAAACUGGACCUUCUAAAGGCUCAAGAAGAUGAAGAGCGGCGGACUCAUGUUGAAGUGGGAGAAACCGAGAUGAAUGACCCAUAUGAUGUUGAGCAAUUUAGGGAAGCGAUUCAAGAUUUGUACUAUCGAUAGUUAGACAAGAAUACUUAU